AUGUCGAACCAAGCUCUCAACACCAAUGCCCGCGUCGGCCAGCGAGCCGACCUAGGCAUCUCAACCCGUGCUUCGGACUGGUACUUUGCCGUUUGUGCCAUUAUGGCGAUUUCCACCCUUGUCUUCCUGGGAAUGGGUUUCACCAAGCGAGAGACGCACCGCCUCUUCCACUACAUCACCGCCAGCAUUACUUUUGUUGCCUGCAUAGCAUACUUCUCCAUGGGUGCCGGGCUGGGCCAGGUACCCAUCCAGGUCGAAUUUCCUCGUGACAACAGCCAGGUUGGAGGAGCCGGCACACGCGAGAUCUACUAUGUACGAUACAUCGAUUGGUUCAUCACCACGCCGCUACUGCUGCUGGAUCUGCUUCUCACCGCCGGUCUGCCGUGGCCUAGCAUCAUGAUCGCCCUUCUCGCAGACGAGAUCAUGAUUGUCACUGGUCUGGUCGGAGCUCUUACAAGCACGAGCUACAAGUGGGGAUACUGGGUGUUUGGCAUGUUUGCCUUCUUUUACGUGGUGUACGCGCUCGUCAUCGAUGGCCGAAAGCACGCUGCCGCGCUUGGGGGGCAGGUUAGCUCCACGUAUCGCAACUGCGGCAUUCUCACUAUCUUCCUCUGGUUCUUGUACCCCAUUGCGUGGGGCGUGAGCGAGGGCGGCAACCUCAUUCACCCUGACUCUGAGGCCGUCUUCUACGGUAUCCUGGACGUUCUCGCGAAGCCUCUGUUCGGAUUCCUGUUGUUGUGGGGACACAGGAACAUUGACCCUUCUGCCCUGGGAUUGCACAUUCGCGAGCCCGGACAGCCCAAGAACCGCCCCGUCGGCAGCCAUGAGGGAGAUCACGGACACAUCGGUGGCGCCGGGCCUAGCAACGGCUUGUAA